AUGUCUUUCAACACUCCCCCUCGUCCCGUAUCUCCUGUAUCUUUGGAUUCUGCAGACCCAGACCUUGAGAGAGGUAGUGGUGACGUUCUGAUGGAAGUGACUUUCACGGGGGUACCCGUGACAGACGGAAGACAUGACACAUGGAAGAAACUUCCCUCCUCCAACACAUUUUUUCUGACACCACGAGUACCCAUUCUAUCAGAUUAUACCGCUCAAAUACUGCCCCUCUUGACCUUCAAACUGGCCCAAGUGGAUGAAGCUCUUCUAGCAGCUCUCCUCAUAUCCUGGACACAGUUUGGUAUCAUAGAAGUUGAUGGGGAUCAAUGGAGAUGA